UUUGUUUUUAAUUUUGUUGUGCAAUCAGAUUUUUGCAAUUUUAAUGAUUAUGCUGAAUGAAUUAUCUUAAAAUUCAUACAAUGUUACAAGAGAAGUAGAUUUUGUCCUUUCCAGGAUAUUUAUAAUGAUCCAUAAAUUUAUAGGUCCUUUGAUAUUUGAUUUUAUUGAAGUGUCAUAGUUGUCGGAUACAGCACAAACUCUUGUUGUAGUCAGCAGAUUUUCACACCUGAGGCUUCAUAAUGUCAGAACUUGAUGAGAAGAUUUGUAAGCAGAUGGAAAGUCUUGUAGAGCUGUUGACAACGUCAGGAAAACCUACAUUAAAUCCAGAAAUUAUGAAGAAAUUCAAAAAAUUUUGCAGAAUUUCAGACAGCUAUGUUCACCAUGCGUUUGAACUUCUGAUGAAACAGUUAUCAGUAAAGCAUGCAGAAGUUCGGUUCUCAGCAUACCAGAUGAUAGAUGAGCUAUUUACUAGAUCACACAUGUUCCGGGAGUUACUUCUCGCUGAUUUUGAUACAUUCUUGGAACUUGCAGCUGGUACAGAGAAGAAGAAACCUCUGCCUGCACCAAAAGCUGUAGCUGAGAAUAUGAAGAACAGUGUUAACAGAAGUAUACUACUGUGGGUAGAAAAAUUUGGACAUGCUUACAGAAAGCUCAUGCUUGGUUUUGAAUUUCUCAAGUCCAUUAAAAAGAUUGACUUUGAUGGUAUCCAGGCAACACUUGACUUAGAGAGAAGACAGAAAGAAGAAACAGAGAGAAAACUAGAAGAAUGUAGAAAAGAAAAGGUGGACAAAGUUAGUACAGAGUAUGCAGAAUCAGAGCUUGAGAUACAGCUGUGUCUGACUGAAGUGGAAAAUGGUCUCCAGCUCCUUAUGCCAGGUCCAGAUGAUUUCUUCAUACCUCUGAAAGACACAGGGGGAACCAGUAUGUUAUCCCAUUCUACCUCAUCAGUGACAUCAACUGUAACAUCAUCAGAGGAAACGAUCACAAACAAUGAUGAUAUUUCUGUCAGCAUACACCUCACAGAUAAAGACAUGGGCAUUGAAAAUGUGAAAAAUAACACGCACAAUAUUUCAGGGACUGAUAUCUCUCAGGAAAACAAUGAUAGUGAAGAUGAUAAUGAUGAUUUUGAAGAGGUUGAUACUGAUGUAAAUAGUGCAUUUACACAGGAGCAUGGUCUUUUUGACAGAAAAUUUGCCCUGACUGUAGAGUUGGGUGAGAGUGGGCGGAGUCUAAAGGAGACAGAAGAUAACAGGGACCUGAUUCAAGGUGUGAGGGAUCAAUAUACACUCAUCAAAACUAAAUACUUACCUGCUGUAAAAAGAUGGAUUCAGGUUAUGACAGAGAAUUCUGGAAAAGAGGAGAAGGUGAAACAGUUAAUGGAAGUGAAAUCAAAACUGGAAGAUUCUGUGAAGAAAUGUGUAGAACUUGAAAUAGCAAGAUCUAAACGAAACAGGGAUGCUGAUAGUGACUCAGAUGAGGAUGAUUUUGAAGAUGUUCCGGAGAAAGAAGGAUAUGAGGAAGAUAUUCCAGAACAUGUACAAAUGGAAGCAGCCAUGGCAUCAAGUAGUAAAGCUUCAAAACCUAAGAAGAAGAGAGCACCUAAAAAACCUAAAAUAGAAUCUAAAUCAGGCAAGAAGAAACUUGGAAUAAAGAAUGUUCAACAGAUGGCAAGGGAUAUAUUAGAAUCACAGAAAUUAUUAGAAGAUGAUGAUUUAGAUUCUGCAGUACUGAAAAGCCGAGAUGUUUCUUCAAAAUCCAGGUGCUUGAUGGACGAUGCUUCUCUACCAUUUCUUCAUCAAUCUGACAGGCAGGUCAAACACAACAUCAAGCAGUCAUCAACCAGUCAUACCUCAGUACAUAAACCAAGAAUUGAGACACAGUCUGCUAAAGGAAGUUCACAGAAAACAGAAAAAUCAGAGACACAGUCAAGUGCAACUUGUUCACAAAUAGAGACACAGUCUAACAACAAAUUGGAUUCAGACAAUGGAGACAAUUCUACAGAUGAUGGCAAGGACAGAAAGAGCAGUCUGCUUGAGAAAGCUCCAUUUAUAAAUUUUGGGGUGGACUUGGAACACUGGGAAAAUCCUGAUGAAAUCAAAGCACCAGCCAAAAAUAGGUAUGAAGGAGCUAGCAGAUUUUGGGUGGCAGAGCGAGAUGUAGAUGAUCAGGAAGCUGGCGGCUCGGAGGAAGUGGCAUCAUUAACACGACGGUCUUUCACGUAUGUUGGACAGUUUGAGCCUGUGAAGUGGAAAUGCCGUGCACCAAUGUCAGAUGGAAAAUUAUGUGAAAGAAUGGAUAGAGUAAAAUGCCCUUUUCAUGGUAAGAUAAUUGGCAGAGAUAAGGAAGGUGUUCCUUCUAACCCAGACGAUGUUGAACACAUGUUGAGUGGUAAAAUGAAAACAGAUCUAGAUGAAACUACUGGGAACUCGUCUGAAGGUGAAAGUACGUUAUCAAGGUCAAAGGGCAAAGGUAAAGGAAAGGCUAAGAAGAAAAAAUAUCCAAACUUGACAGAAAUAAAUGAGUCUAAAAACAACUGCAGAAGUAGAUUAGAAGCAAAGAUUUUUAACAGAUCGACAUUAAGGAAAGUUAACAAGGCUCUGGAUGCUGAAACAUUGAAGAAACUGUCAAAUAAAUUCUCACAUCAGUUCAACUAUAGCUUAAAGUAAUGUUUAUCUAUAAUUCUGUCUUUGGCUGCGUCAAGACAAACACUUGGAAGUUUAUUUAGCAACUUUCAAACCUUACCAUUUAAAAGCCCAUUAAACAUAAGAAAUGCUGUCAUUUAUAUUUUUCAUGAGCUUUUUAUAUUUAGUGACCUGUUACACUUUCUAAAAUUUCUUAUGGGUAUAUUUUGCUUUUUUGGCAAUUAGUGAUUUAGUAAUUGGUAUUGAAGUCAAAAUAUAACUUUGUUAGCUCACCUGAGCAUGCUCAGGGUGAGCUUUUAGGAUCGAUGAUUGUCCGUCGUCCGUUCACAUUUAGUUGUUAACACUCUAGCGGUCGCAUUUUUGCCUCAAUCAUCAUCAAACUUGGUCAGGAUGCUUAUCUAGUUGAUAGCUCGGAUGAGUUCGAACAUGGGUCAUCUUGGAUGAGAAACUAGGUCACAAGAGCUAAAAAUAGAAAAACAUUGUUAACACUCUAGAGGUCACAUUUUUGCCUCAAUCAUCAUCAAACUUGGUCAGGAUGUUUGUCUAGGUGAUAGCUCGGAUGAGUUCAAACAUGGGUCAUCUCGGAUGAAAAAGUAGGCCACCGGAGCUAAAAAUAGAAAAACCUUGUUAACACUCUAG